ACACCCAUCCGAUACUCUUCGGGCCUCUCUCUCUCUCUCUCUCUCUCUCUCUCUCUCUACCCCUCCCCUCUCUCUCUCUCACACAUUUUUGUUUUAUUAGUUACAUAUUUACAGUCACGAAGCUCCUUAAUUCUCUGCUUCCGCUUCUGUAAAUGUUGUCUGCUUCCGCAUUCCUCUGAAUUGAUUACAGAAGCAGAGAAGAAGGACGCAGAGAGAGAAGAGGAUAGACUCGAGCAACACAAACUUAGCUUCCUUUCCUGUCUUCUUUAGCUUCUGCUAUUACUUCUGGGGUCUCAUUGCUCCAGAUCCGCCUCAGUUUUCUUCAAGCUCAGUGGGGUUUUAGCCACAGUGACAAACAUUCCAGCUCUGCCUCCAUUGUUUUGCGUGGCCCUGAAGCAAAACACCAAACAGAGAUAUCCCUCCUUCUUUAUCAAAAGUUGCUUCUUUAAAUCCUUCUAGUGGGUUUUGCCUCCUCUGUUUCUCUGACGACCCAUUACUGUAAAGGGAAGGGGGAAAAAAAAGCUUCAGAAUGGAUCGUCUUUCAUCCACGACCGUUCUUCCAGACGCAUUUCAAGGGGCCAGAGAUGAUAUUACUAUGCAACUCGGGUUCAUCUGGGGUCAAAUCAAAUUACCAUUGGUGGUUCCUCUGCUAAGACUGGCAGUAUUUCUGUGUCUGGUCACGUCGCUGAUGCUUUUCGUGGAGAGGGUGUAUAUGGGCAUUGUCAUUACCUUGGUGAAGCUGUUCGGCCGAAAACCAGAGAAGCGUUAUAAAUGGGAACCACUAAAGGACGACGUUGAGCUGGGAAACUCGGCUUAUCCUAUGGUUCUCGUUCAAAUCCCAAUGUACAACGAAAGAGAGGUUUAUCAGCUUUCGAUUGGAGCAGCAUGUGGGCUUUCUUGGCCUUCCGACAGAAUCAUAAUACAAGUUCUCGAUGAUUCCACAGACCCGACAAUCAAGGCUCUGGUGGAGCUAGAAUGCCAAAGAUGGGCAAGCAAAGGGAUAAACAUAAAGUACGAGGUAAGAGACAACAGAAAUGGGUAUAAAGCAGGUGCUCUAAAAGAGGGAAUGAAGCAUGGCUACGUUAAGCACUGCGACUAUGUUGCCAUUUUUGACGCUGAUUUUCAGCCUGAGCCUGAUUUCCUCUGGCGUUCAAUACCUUUCCUUGCUCACAACCCUGAAAUCGCCCUCGUUCAGGCUCGCUGGAAAUUUGUGAACUCCGACGAGUGUUUAAUGACCAGGAUGCAAGAGAUGUCGCUGGAUUACCAUUUUACCGUGGAACAGGAAGUGGGGUCCUCCACGUACGCUUUCUUCGGUUUCAACGGGACUGCUGGAGUAUGGAGGAUUGCAGCGCUGAAUGAGGCUGGUGGAUGGAAGGAUAGGACCACUGUAGAAGAUAUGGACCUUGCCGUCCGAGCCAGUCUCAAGGGCUGGAAAUUCCUCUACUUGGGCAAAAUCCAGGUCAAGAAUGAACUGCCUAGCACUUUCAAGGCCUACCGCUUCCAACAGCACAGGUGGUCUUGUGGCCCGGCAAAUCUCUUCAGGAAAAUGGUAGCGGAGAUUGUCAGAAACAAGAAAGUGUCUUUGUGGAAGAAGUUACACGUCAUUUACAGCUUCUUCUUCGUUAGAAAGGUGGUGGCCCACAUCAACACGUUCGUGUUCUAUUGCAUUGUAUUACCAGCGACAGUUUUGGUGCCAGAGGUUGUUGUCCCAAAAUGGGGAGCUGUGUAUAUCCCUUCCAUCAUCACCCUCCUCAAUGCGGUCGGAACUCCAAGGUCGCUUCACUUGCUUGUCUUCUGGAUUCUUUUUGAGAACUGCAUGUCUCUACAUCGAACAAAGGCAACGAUUAUUGGUCUGCUUGAGGCGAGUCGAGUGAAUGAAUGGGUUGUCACUGAGAAGCUUGGAGAUGCUUUCAAGGCUAAAGCUGCGGCUAAAGCACCCAAGAAACCUCGAUUCAGGAUUGGAGACAGGAUUCACUUGCUGGAACUUGGAGUCGGAUUCUACCUCUUCUUCUGUGGCUGCUAUGAUCUCUUGUUCGGGAAAAAUCACUACUUUAUAUUCCUUUAUAUGCAAGCAAUUGCCUUCUUCAUCUUGGCUUUUGGAUAUGUUGGCACCUUCGUUCCCAACUCCUAGAAGACUCUAUUCGUUCGGCAAUUCCAGUUUCUGUGCAAUGAUUCUCUCUUCUUUGUAAAAUAGUGUUGUGCUUUCAGCAAGGUUCUGUCAAUUAUAUAGGUUGUUAGUACAAAAGAAAAGAAAAAAGGCGAUCACUUCUCAACUAUAUGCAUGGUCAGAAAGUGACUUGAAAGAAUUGAGUUGUUUUUCUUGUGAAUAGUGAGCAAAGAUACGGAGAUUACAAAGUUGUUGCCAUGGAAAUGAAGUAUACAGAAGAGAAGAAACACAGCACUGGGGGCGUCGGAUCCUCUAGAGAGCAGAACAUCUUUGCUAUUGGAUGGAUUGUUUCUUAGAUUUUGCAGUAUUUCUUCACCAUUAUUACUUUUUUCUAUUUCGGGGGGUUUCUCUACAGUGUAUUCGUUUUUACAGUUUGAAGAGAUGGGAAAAGAUUACACAAAUAUUAUUUUCUUUC